AAACAGGCUGCGGGCGUCGAGACGAGGAGGAAGAUCAAGAAGAAGCAGAGGGGGGAGACGAACAACAAGGAUCCGCCCUGCUGCAUUUGCGGCUGUGCCGAAAUGCACCUCAACCUGCUCCCGCCGUCAUGGUCAUCAUCAUCGUCAUCGAAGACGACGGCCGUCCUGGAGCCACUUGAACCCGGGUUCUUACACUAUUCCUACUAUGAUCCGUCCUGGGACACGGAGAUCCCUCCUGAGCUGCAGCUGCCACCAAUCGCCGGGUAUCUCGAGAGGCCUGAUGAAGAGAGUGGAGUGAUAAUGGAAGACGAUGACGGCGGCGAGGAAGAUGGUGGUGUUGGUUACCAUGAGAUUGAUAGCCUUGCAGAGAGGUUCAUCGCGAGGUGUCAUGAGAGGUUCAUGCUGGAGAAGCAGGAGUCAUACCGGAGGUACCAGGAGAUGCUGGCCAGAACGAUGCAGUUGACUGAAAUGACAUAAAUGCAUAUGUGGUAUUUUUUUAUCAGUUGACCGCGGUAUCUUAGAACAUUUUUCUUCUAAAGUGGUUGAAUAUAACAUGUAAGAUGCAAUUCGGUAAUUCUUCAUCGAUUGUUUAUCUCCAGUAACGAAGGUUGCUGAUUUAUAGCA